CAGCUAUUUACCGUCACUGCAAAGGAAGAACUUAAUGAUGUUUUAUUGCUGCGAAAAGCCGUGAAAAGAGAAUUUCACCUCUUGGUUCAGUACUUUGGUGAGGAAUCUGUCAAGCCAGAAGAACUGUUUGGAAUUUUUGCCACACUGUUGCGACAAUUUGAGGUAAUUGGUGGCGACACCCGAAUUAUUAUUACUACACGAGAGUGCGUGCAGUUGGCAACACAAUGUUAGCUAAACACUUUUUCGUAUCCGGUUUAAGGUGACUCGACCCAGUUUUUUUGGGGGGGUACCAUCCUACUUUGAAGCUCUCUGGUAUCCAAGCGGAUACCAGAGAUACCAUUUCUCAGCGGCGAUGAGCGAGGACAAACGUCUGCCGUUCGCAGGCUAUGCGGACGGUGGCAAUCACUAAAUGACGUGAUACAAAAGGCUAAAAAACAAUGAACAAUACUGCACAACAAUACAAAACUAAACAUAUCGCAAAAACAAACACUCAGGCAUACCAGUUUUCAAGGUAAUAAGAACCCUGAUUGCUUUUUUUAGCGUUUUGUCAACACAAAAUUGCUCUAGGCUGAUAGAAAUACUAUAAACCUCUGGACUGUCGCAGAUCAUAAUACCGGUAAAAAGAGAUAAAUUUAUACCGAACUGUAUCAGACGAUAAAUAACAGUGCACAAUCUCCUCCUUCUAGGAUGUCAUGAAGACGUACAAGUAAAAGAGUCGAAGCUGAACAAAGUUUUCAAAGAAUUUAAAUGACGUGCCCGGCAGUAAAGGGGUUAUGUAUUUAUUUUGCAGCUGGACUUCGAGAGUAGUCUCUCUUUUGCACCAUUUCAUGAAUUAAGUGUAAAUAUAUUUAAUAAGUAGAAAGCUCUUUUUCAUUUGUGCUGAUUUCUUAGUCAGGACCAAUGAUUGUUCUUAAAACUACAAUAAGUUGUUAGUAUGACCAGAAUUUUUUUUGUAAACAAAAAGUGAAAGACAAAAACAAGAGAGGAAGAAAGACAUGUAAACUAAAGAAACAAAAUAAUGAGUAAAAAACUGACAAUUUAUUUAAAGAACGACAAAGACAUUAAAAUGGUAGUCUUGAGUUCAUAUAUAUGAGCUGCAUGUGAAUAAAUAAAAUUCGAUGAACGGUAACCUUGUCAACAAUUUUUUUCUCAAAGCAAAGGCGGUGACUGAUAUUAAUCAUUGGAAAAGUGCGAAAGCGAAAAAGAAAAAAUCUAACACCCUGCGAUUGUUUAGUUCAGCAAAGACAAUCAGACAUUAGUUUUCGUCUUGCAUGCACGAGAAACAUGGAGCCACGCUGGCCUCAGGCUGGCAAUUAAGACUGGCGCUAAUUAUCUUUCCCGCCAAAAAAGUGUCAGUAGUAAUGACACCAUUGCAACGGCGAUUGGUUAGUUUAAAACAAAGAAUCAGAAACUAGCCAAUGAAACUCAUUUGUUCAUUGUUACACAAGUUUCAACACACAAAAGUUGAAAAACAACGCUUUCGAACGCUUUUUGAGGUUGCGAUACGCCCGUGCAAACUUGACAAUUUUUUAUCGCAUAAUUUACACGCAUUAAUCUUGAGGAGCUAUAAAAGCUCUGGCAAAUAAAUGAAAAAGUCACAAAACCAAGAACUGUACAAGCACUCCGCCAGGAAAGAAGCCUCAAGAACUUACAACUUAAGCCAUGGCUCGUACCAAACAAACAGCUAGAAAAUCAACCGGUGGAAAAGCUCCUCGGAAACAGCUUGCAACCAAAGCAGCGCGCAAGAGUGCACCGGCAACUGGUGGAGUGAAGAAACCUCACCGCUACCGGCCAGGUACUGUCGCCUUGAGAGAAAUUCGCCGUUACCAAAAGUCAACAGAGUUGCUUAUCCGCAAGCUUCCGUUCCAGCGACUCAUUCGAGAAAUAGCACAAGAUUUUAAGACUGACUUGCGUUUUCAGAGUUCAGCCGUGCUGGCUUUGCAAGAAGCAGCUGAAGCGUACCUCGUGGGACUGUUUGAGGAUACGAAUCUCUGUGCCAUCCACGCCAAGCGUGUAACGAUCAUGCCUAAAGACAUUCAGCUCGCACGGAGAAUCCGAGGAGAGCGCGCUUAA